AUCUCUAUUUUUAAAAUGCUGUCAAUUUUGGAUCGUCUAAAGAUCGAGCGAGUUUGCCGUCGCUGGCGAGAUUUGGCCAAAUAUUCCUGGGACGACACAACCACCGUUUCGUAUUCUUCGCUGAUUGGAGAGAAAAGCUGUUCGUUGCCGUGUUUCGUUGAACGCCCAGUGCUUGGAAAUAACGAGGUUAAGUCGUUGGCCAAACGGUGUGGCGUACAUUUGCGCGAAAUGGAUUUACACGCAUUCAGGGAUACGUUGACUUACAGUGUGUGUCUUUCGUUUGCAGUACAUUGCCCCAAUCUGACCGCACUCAAUCUGCAUGGAAAGUGUUGUGGAGAGCGGUCUUUCAUCAUUUUUCUCGAAGUGCCAACGAUUGACAAAUUUGGACGUGAGCGAGAAUGA